AGGACCAAGUUUAAGAACCUGUGAAUUAGGGGGAACAAAUAAAAUUGGAACUUUAAUCACAUGCAACAACAAAAUUACAUAAGAAAUUGCUGAUGGCAAAAUAAUGUAUUUUGGAAGAACAUCUCUGAAUUCUUAAGCAAUUCACAUCUUCAGAUCUUUGGAAAAGUGACAUUUUAUUCAAUACCAAAUCUAGCCUAUUUAUAAAAGUGACACAGAACAUGUAGUGUAGUUUUCAAUGUUUUUAAAUAGUGUUUUGUUUUUUUAAACAAAACAAAAAAUACAACUGCUACUGUGUUUCAUGUAUUAGUGAUGGGGGCAUCCUGUGCAGCUACUACCGAGUAGUCUUAUGUAGCUACUGUAGUUCUAUUUAACUAUUACAUAACCAACCAUUGCUACUAAUCUUUGCCUUUAAGGGAAAACUCCUCCUGUUUUGCUUUAUUAGACAGGGAAAAGUCCCUCCUUUUGAAGGAUAUGUUGAGGAACUGCCCUCUCUAUCUCUCAAGCUCCUAAGGUAGCAGCAUACAGAGUCUCUCUCCCGCACACACAUUAUUCCAUUUAUUAUCACAGCCCCUGCAAGUAUCGUCUCUCAGCCACAGCUGACUGCAGCUCUCCUCUGCCAGCCCUCCUUUGCACAGGCACCUACAGGGCUGCUUCUGGCUUUAUCCCUGGCAGGGGCUCAGGUAACAUCUCCUCUCAGAACCUGGAAUUCUCAGAGAGGAGCUGCACUGAAGACUUGCACAAGAUGGCUCAGGUGUGCACUGGCACCGAUGUGGAGCAGCCCUUUGUGAAGCCUCUAUUUUGUCGAAAGGGAGCUCUCAGGCAAAAACUAGUCCAUGAGGUCAAAAGCCACAAGUUCACUGCCAGGUUCUUCAAGCAGCCCACUUUCUGCAGCCACUGCACUGACUUCAUCUGGGGAAUUGGAAAACAAGGAUUCCAGUGCCAGGUUUGCAGCUUUGUAGUACACAAACGAUGUCAUGAAUUUGUCACCUUUGAAUGUCCGGGUGCCGGGAAAGGACCUCAAGCAGAUGAUCCCCGAAGCCGACAUAAGUUCAAGGUCCACAGCUACAGCAGCCCCACAUUCUGUGACCACUGCGGUUCUCUUCUUUAUGGGUUGGUUCACCAGGGAAUGAAAUGUGCUUGCUGUGAGAUGAAUGUACAUAAGCGCUGUGUUCAAAGUGUACCCAGCCUCUGUGGGGUGGACCACACUGAACGCCGAGGACGGAUGCACAUCAGGGUGGAAUCGAUGAAUGAUGAAGAGUUUCAGGUAACAGUGGGUGAAGCACGGAACCUUAUCCCUAUGGAUCCCAAUGGCUUGUCGGAUCCUUAUGUGAAGCUGAAACUCAUACCAGACCCAAAGAACUUGACCAAACAGAAAACCAGGACUGUCAAGUCUACGCUUAACCCACUCUGGAAUGAGGCCUUUAUAUUCUCCCUAAAGCCAGGGGAUGAGGAUAGACGUUUAUCUGUAGAAGUUUGGGACUGGGAUCGUACAUCACGGAAUGACUUCAUGGGCUCCAUGUCCUUUGGUGUCUCAGAAAUUAUGAAGAACGCUGUGGAUGGAUGGUACAAGCUAUUGAAUCAAGAAGAAGGCGAGUAUUACAAUGUGCCUGUAGCUGAUGACGAAGAUGACUUUGGACUUCGGCAAAAGUUUGAGGCGUGCAAUUUCCCACUUGAACUUUAUGAGAAAGUGAGAAGAGGCCCAGUUUCCAGCCCAAGCCCCACAGAUUCCAAACGCGUCAGCUUUUUCGGUACCAGUCGUUUUCACAUCUCUGAUUUCAACUUCCUCAUGGUUCUUGGGAAAGGAAGUUUUGGAAAGGUCAUGCUGGGUGAGAGACGUGGAUCUGAUGAACUCUAUGCCAUUAAAAUUCUAAAGAAGGAUGUAAUCAUUCAGGAUGAUGACGUGGAGUGCACCAUGGUGGAGAAACGCAUCUUGGCAUUAUCUGAGCGACCUCACUUUCUUACACAGCUUCAUUCUACAUUCCAGACUGUGGACCGUCUUUAUUUUGUUAUGGAGUAUGUGAAUGGUGGAGACCUCAUGUACCAUAUACAGCAGGUUGGCAAGUUCAAAGAGCCCCAUGCUAUGUUUUAUGCUGCAGAGAUUGCCAUUGGGCUCUUCUUUCUCCACAACAAGGGAAUCAUCUACAGGGACUUGAAGCUGGACAAUGUUAUGCUAGAUGCUGAGGGACACAUUAAAAUCACUGACUUUGGAAUGUGUAAAGAGAACAUUUUCAGCGGGGCUACUACUCGCACGUUCUGCGGGACUCCUGACUAUAUAGCUCCUGAGAUUAUUGCAUACCAGCCUUAUGGGAAAUCAGUGGACUGGUGGUCCUAUGGCGUCUUACUGUAUGAAAUGCUGGCCGGACAGCCACCGUUUGAUGGAGAAGAUGAAGAUGAGUUAUUCCAGUCCAUCAUGGAGCAGACAGUAUCUUACCCCAAAUCCCUGUCCAGAGAGGCUGUCUCCAUAUGCAAAGGGUUGCUUACAAAACACCCCCUAAAGCGUCUUGGAUCCGGCUGUGAUGGGGAACAUGAUAUACGCGAGCACGCCUUUUUCCGUUGGAUUGAUUGGGAGCGCUUAGAACGUCUAGAGAUCCAGCCUCCUUUCAAACCACGUCCUUGUGGGAAGAGUGGCGAAAACUUUGACAAAUUCUUCACUCGAGCUGCUGCAGUUCUUACACCGCCAGACCAAAUGGUCUUAGCUGGAAUCGACCAGAGUGAAUUUGCUGGCUUCACGUUCAUCAAUCCAGAAUUUGUCCAUACUAAUCCUCAUAGCCCUGUGCCCAUAUCUCUGGUGUGACCUCUCCACGUCUACCACAGGGAGCAGAUGGAUUUUUUCUAUAGCCCCAGUCCUUUGGCCAGCAUGGUAUACUUGAUAAUGGCUUUCUUGGCAAUUUAUGCCCCCCAUUUCCUCCUUCUUCCCUCCCUGCAUCUUGGAAAAGCACUCAGUGUUGUAACGUGCUGUGUAAGGGGGCCAGGAUGCAAUAGUGAAUCCAUUCCUAUGGGACCUGACACUGAUCUGGCAUUUCACUCUCUUCAGACCAUGUGAAAAAGCUCAUGAAGUUUUACAGUUGUGUCUGUGUUUCCUAUGGGUUGUUCAGUGUCUCCAGAUAUCAUGAUAAAGAAUGGAGCCGUUGAAGUUAGGUUACAAGAUCACGUGCACAAAACUGGAAAGGAGUUGAAUUUUUAUUUCAAUGUUGGAACUUGAAUACGAUGAGAGCUUGUGAGUCUGAACUGCUGACGUACAUUCAUACUUGAAGUUAUACUGGAUUUCAGAAUUUCCCAUUUACUUUUCACAACCCCCAAUUGGAAUGGACUAACCACUGGCUGCAUCUUCCCCCAAAAUUGCAUCUAGCACUGCCAUGCAUGGCCAUUUAAUAUAUUUGUAUGUGUAUAAUAUAUCUAGAUGUUAUUAUGUACAUGUAGACACAAGCAUCCCCUUUACUCUCUCUGAUGACUUUCCCACACACAAUAAUAUAUGUAUUAUAUACUUUGAUCAUCCGCUUAUGUGCAUGAGCUGUGAGAGAUCAUACUGUGUAUACACACUAGUUAGUUUGAUACAUUUUGAGUCUUUCUGGACUUACUUGGUAUAGAAAUAGUGGACCAGAACAUCUAAGGCAGAAUAACUGGUUUGGGCUUCCAUGAGUGUAUUUUGAUACAUAAUUUCCAUGUAUGCUGAACAUCUUAAUUCUAGUGUUUACAGGUAGUUUCACAAGUAUUAAAUGAUGCAACUUAAGACUGCUUCUGGGACCAACUUGAAGGAAUUUUCUGUUUCUUAUGAAAUAGUUUAGCAAUUUAUUCACAGGGUAUAUUACAGUAUAUGUCACUUAGGGAAGUUCUACCAAGCCGCUCAGUUGUAACAAUUAUGCAGGUUACGCUCUGGAUACUUCUCGUUAGAACAUCUGUAUAAGUAUACGUGAUAUCAAGUUUUUAUAUUGCACACUGGUAGUUUAACUGGACAUACUGAACAUGCAUUAUAUUAAAACAAAAACUAGUCAUUGUAUUUAUGAUGUAAUACCAGUCUAAGGAAAUAGCUUAUGAUAGUUGGACAACAUCUUCUGAUCUUGUUUUUCAUGCUGUUACCUUAAAGUGGAGAAGAAAGUGAAUUAAGGCAAUUGAAAUAAUUAGGAUGCCUAAUGAACUAAACUGGGAAAGCAGAAAUAAAUUGGUAUUCAUUGGGCUCAUUUUGAUUUUUCAGCGGUUGCACACUUCACAAGCUGAAUUUAAAAAAAGAGAGAGUAUCAUUUGUAGAGGUAACCAAAGGCAAAAUGUCUUUUCAUUUAGAUCAGUAAGUUCAGGAUGGUGAUGUGAGAAUGCCGGUACAAGGUGCUGCAGAUAGCACGGGUCUUCAUACCAGCUCAGAGCCGACAGGAACUAGUCCUUCUAUUGUAAAGGUUAUAGACAUAAUGCUACAGCCUUCAGUGAGGGAGAGACUCCUAUGCAGGGAAGGUUAUAAUGCCUCUAUCUGACUAUGUGGAUAAAGAAGAGUGCAUGCUUACCAUUAUUAUUACUUAUGUUACAUUAUUAAUGUUUAGUAAUGUCUUUGAACUCAGAGCUUGCAAUAUUAAUAAUAUACAAGCAUAACUAUGAUGUCUCUAGUUGAAUUAUGACUAAAAUAUAUAAGAUUUAAAUUUAAAGGAGAGAUGGUAAUCUGAAAAUAAAUUCUAAUUAAAAUGUG